GUAACUAAACAAAGUUAAUUUAAGUGUUUUUUGUUCAAUAAAUCGUUUUGUGCAGCAUUUAAAGAUAUCUUUAUUAUUUUUAAUUGUUUUUCGUGGUUUUAAAUAUACCUAUAUAUAAGUAGAGGUAUCUAAUACAUAGGUAUUUUUUUUUACUGUGUUAUACAAUCAGGGAUAUGUUGGACAUAUCUUUUAGUAAAGCAUAUUUAUUAUGCUGUGCAACAUUAAUAUUCAUUCAAUGGACAGAAAGUAAAAAUGCGGAGUAUGUGACUUGUGGAACUGUUGCAAAAUUGUACAAUAUCGACCUUAAAGUAAGGUUGCAUUCACAUGAUGUUAAAUAUGGUGCAGGCAGUGGUCAGCAAUCUGUAACCGGAACCGAUUUAUCUGAAGACAUAAAUUCACACUGGGAAAUAAAAGCACAAACUGGAAAACAUUGUAAAAGAGGCGAGCCUAUUAAAUGUGGAAGUAUAAUUAGAUUUACACAUCUAACUACCAAAAAGAACCUUCAUUCACAUAUUUUUAGUUCUCCUCUGUCUGGCAACCAAGAAGUAUCUGCAUAUGGUAAUGACGGUGAAGGAGAUACUGGUGACCAUUGGUAUGCAGAUUGCAGUGGAGACUAUUGGGAAAGAGAUGAUGAUAUUCGAUUAAAACAUGUAGACACUGGAUCAUACUUGAUGGCUUCAAGUUUAUCAUAUGGUCGACCAAUUAAUGGACAAAGAGAGAUUGCUGCCGUAAAAAACCCAGGACCAUUUUCAACUCAUUGGCGUGUCAAAGAAGGCAUAUUUAUCCAUAAAGAUGAACCAAGUGAUUUUCAUUCUGAUUACCUCCAUACAGAACUAUAAUGUUAUUCCGUUUAAGUAUUGGAUUCUCAAUUAUUUUAUAAUUUUGUAAUUUAUUAAGCAUUACACACUGUUUAUAGUAGAAAAUAUUGUUUUCUUAAUAUUUAAAAUAAUUUAUAAAAACAAGGUUUAUUAUGGUUUGGAUUAUGUUUAUUAUUUUGAUUUUAAAAGUAUUAUGUAAAAAAAUAAUGAUACAUAAAUACUAAAAUAAUCUUUAUUUAAAAAUACUUCCAACCUUAAUUUGAACUGUACAUACACUUAUGUAUAAAGAUUAAGGACCGUUCUUACAGUGUUCGGUAAAGUGUCGGUUAACGCUAACCAACUGAUAACAGAUUUUAUUACCGACAGAAUUCAGCCGGUUAAGUGUCAGUUAACUUUAAGCGGACAGUGUAAGGAAGGCCCUAAAGGUAAAUACUAAUAACUAUUUUUUUUUCUGUAAAAGUGUUGAUUCUGUAUUUUGUUUGUUUAAUGUAAACUAAAUAUACUAAAAUUAGAUGUAAAUAACAAUUUCAAGAGUUCAA